UUACUAAAUUACAAUUAACUCCGCAGUUAUCAAAGCCGAGCUGCAUUUACUGAUAUCUUUAUGGUCCUGGUUAAUUGAAGCUUAUUCACAUUCAAUGAUAUAUAUCCGUCUUGAUAGGACUUACGAGCUCCAGAUGGCCCAAAACCCUAUUCGGGCAAGGAUGUGCGGGUUUGGUGAAAAGGACAGGAGACCUAUGGAUCCCCCGCCAAUAGUCCGGCUUAUUGUUAGAAAUGAAGAUGGCACGCCAAUAGAUGUCAGCCAAAUGGAUGUCAAUUUUUACAUGGUGAUGGCGGACAUUUAUUCCGCGGAUACGAAAACCCCAUGCACAUUGGUCACCAAUCCGGUAUCAUCGGUGCAGUCGACGCAAGCACCAGCUACAGGGCAAUCUGCAGGCGAAUCUGUGUUAAGCUUGACGCCUACACCGCCAAUGGCGAGCCGCAACUUGACUGGCUCUACUGUCGCGUCUGGCAACUUACUGACAAAUCUCGAGAAUGAAACUGGAGUAUAUUUUGUUUUUCAGGAUAUCAGUGUUAGAAGUGAAGGCGCAUACACUCUUAAAUUUUCUUUUACAUUACCUCCGACACCUGGUGGUCCACCUUCUCCAGUUAGAGCUACAGUCUUCUCAGAGCCUUUCACCAUUUAUUCUGCCAAGCGGUUCCCUGGGAUGACUGGUAAGGUUAUUUUAUAUAUAUAUUUUUUUUCUGUAAAGUUGAAGUACUAAUAAUGAUUGUAUAUAUGCAUGCAAAAAAAAAAAAAAAAAAAAAAAAAAAAGAAUCGACGGCACUCUCGAAAUGCUUUGCCAAACAAGGAAUCAAAAUACCUAUCCGCAAGGAGCCUCGGAUCAGCAAAAGUAAGCGACUAGCAGAGCUGGCAAGCGGUAGCAACAGUCGUGGUGGUGUAGUUUCUGAAAGUGAUGACGAUGACGAUGGUCAAGGAUAGAUGUAGUAAUUUUGAAUAUCUUGGCUUAAGAUUAUCAUAGCUCUGACAAACUAAGUUCAAGACUUUAUCUUAAUUUUUUUUUUUUUAACCUGGCAACUUGACAUAGACCAUUU